CUCACCACCUCAUUCUCUCUCUCUCUCCCUCGCUCUCUCCUGCUGUCACAUUCCAGUUGUCCAAAGCCGGGUUUAACUUUCUCUCUCCCUGAGAGCAAGAAGGAAGGGGAAACUAAAAGAGGAGAAGCAUUAGAAAAGCCUCAUUCUCUCUGGAUGAGAAGAAGAAAAAGAAGAGGAAACUCUCCAUUUGGCUUAAGAAAAGGGGGAGUCACCAUAAAGGAGCAUACCUUUUUUUAAAGGGGCUAUCCUUUUUCUUUUACUCCCUCCCUUCUUCUUUCUUUUUCUUUUUUGGGGCCGUAGCCUCUCAUUCUGGUCGGACACACCGUGGACUAUUCACGUGAGCGCUUGUUUUUACGGCAAAGCUACUCCCAGCUCUCCUGGCGGGACCGAGAGGAGGAGGAGGAGGAGGAGGGGGAGGAGGAGGGGGCAGCGUUUGACAAGACAGACACAAACACACGCUCAGAGAGAGAAAGUUCUUGCCUGGACACUCGGAGGAUUUUCCAUUCAGCAAUGUGUGUUCCCAAAGAAGUUGCUCCAGGAGCAGGGACCCAGACCGUCGGUGUACCCCCCUCCACCCAGCGCCCAUGACCCCAACAUAGUGGGAGACAGCCCUCCGGAGGGGAGCUCAGCCCAACGCCCUGACGCUGUUCCAGAUAGGAAGAAGGUUAGGGAGACAAACCCCCACGAGGAGAAGUUCUCAGAAGCUGGAGGAGGAGGUGGAGGAGAAAGUCUACUGCGGCCCCCGAGCAUGAAUCCCAUCAUCAACUCCACCUUUAGUGCCAACAUGGCCCUCAUCAGCAACGCACUGGCAGCCUACACUUACAUAUCAGACCACCCAGAGAGGGCGGCGCUCUUCUUCGUCUGCGGCGUGUGUUUGGGCCUCUUCCUCACACUCUUCGCCCUGGUGGUCCAGAUCUCCUGUCGCACCGACUGCCAGCCCCGUCAGCGGCCCCCUGCCAAGAAACGAGCGCGCCCCGCCGACUCCUCCUCCGAUUCCAGCGACUCGGACUCAGACUGGGACACCACCUCGGAUCUGUCGGCGCGGCGGCACCGGCGAUUCGAACGCACGCUUAACAUGAACGUGUUCACGUCGGCGGAGGAGCUGGAGAGAGCGCAGAGGCUCGAGGAGCGGGAGCGCAUCAUCCGAGAGAUCUGGAUGAACGGGCAACCGGACAUCCCCGGGACGCGGAGCCUCAAUAGGUAUUACUGAGGACUGCUGAGGGGGAUUUUAUAAGAAGCCGACUGGGCUUGAACAACAUUCAGGACGCACUUGGGUUGGAAGGGGAGAAGAGACGUGGCCCUCAUGAAGCUUUAUAAGCACGCAUGCAAACUGUGGACUCACACUGACGAGAACAGUUGAGGGGAUUGCAGACUUGGGAAGAAAGUUAUUUCCCCUCUGCUGGUAUGCAUAUUCCUCUGGGUAUCAUAAGCUGUGUACCCCAUUCAGUCAGAGAAUAAGCUCCCAGCUCACCCCUUUCUGCCGGAAGCGAGGGGUGAAGGGCUACACUGCCUUGCCCGUGACCUCAGCAGGCCUUUUUGAAGUGGGGAUUUAUGGGUUAGCUGCCUUAGACACACACAGGCCUGUAGAAACUACACAAUGACUGAAGGACCAGGGCCUCAGAUGGGUCUGUUUCAUACAGAACGCCAGUCACCUGCAAAAGACUGUGACACUUGGAGCUUUAUGCUCAGCACCCUCCAGUAUUUAAGUGGGGACUUUGCCGAGGGGCAGUAGAGAGCAGAAAGAAGUGUACUAUGGGAUAAUGUAAGACAAUCUUUCCACAGUGAAUAACCACGCUGCCUUUUGAACUUUAGAAAACCAAAAGAUAUUUUUGGGGCAUUCAUCUCAACCCUUAUGAAAUCUAUUUUAUAAUAUUUAAUAGUUUAUUGAUGUUGUGUAUUUUUGUUCUCAAGUAUGGUUUAUUAUAAGAUUUGUUUUUUGAAUACUUGGCGAAGGUUGUCUGGCACCUCAGGGAUGCAAUCCUAGUGUUUCUGUGUUUGGUUGAUGUUUUUGCUUCCUAAGAUGGGGAUCAGUCCAUUUAAACAGCUAAUGUCAGCAUUUAAAGAAAAUAAUUAGAAAUAUCAUAUAUUGAGCCUCAAAGAGGUUUAGUGAUUUAACCUUAUUUUUGAUACAGUAUGUUUAAUUCACAGUGCAGUACCUUUUCUAGCUAAUAAGUCACUGUUGUCAAGAGUGCAGAGUGUAUAGUCCAACAACUUGUCAAAUGAGUUAUUAAUUAGAUAUCCUGAAUUUAUCUUACAGUUGCUUUGCUGAAGUGGAGCAUGUGUCCAAUCUGUCUGUGACACACUAUGCACUUGCUGCUCUCCCAGAUGUAUAUGUACGAUACCAGAAUAUGCCAAUUUUGUACCAGCGAAUUUGCUAGAAAUCAUUUUCUGGUCCUUGCGAAAUUUCAGGUCUUGUGUCAACCGUGCCCUUAGUUCAAAGCUACCAGUGCUAAACCAGAUGCUCGUGGUAAUCGCUGCUCAUGGCCAUCUGGAGAAGGAACCAGCACUGAAAAAAGGUUCACAGUGGACAUGCAACCUGCGUCUAUAAAAUCAUGUUGCCAGUUUAUUAAAAUAAGCUAUUGUAAAUCCAGCUGUCUGUGCUGCCUUGGAUUCAAGCGUGGAAAUAAUUAUAGUUUUCAUAAAAGCUUAGUAUUUUCCUGACUGAGAGUUUAAUUGAGCGUACACAGGACAUAUUAGGGUCAUCCACAUAAAGACUGCCACUGUAUAUAAUUUAUAUAAAGACAGAUAUUGUGCUUAAAUUUGAAUGGGGUUAAAAUGUGCUGAUAGCUGGUAAAGUGAGACCAA